AUGAGUGUUCCGACACUUAUUGAUUUGCCGGAUGCUGGGCCUACAAGCUAUCAGAGUAAUCCUGAUGUCGCCUACUGGACAUUCGCAAUAUACUCCAUGGUGGUCGUCAUUGUGUCGUUAUUCUACCUCUUUUACAUGAAUCGAGGCAUGGCCUUGGUCUUGACGUGGAUUAUCAAUUUCUACACAUGGAGGCAACAUAAUGAAUGGGUCGAAGUUGAAUCAAUCGCUUUUGCACCAUUGAGUGGCAAAAUACUAUUCAAGAACUUGAAAUAUUACUCUCGUGAUCAGUCGAUAUCGAUAUUACGUGGCCACAUAACGUUCCGAUAUUGGGUGUUUCGUGUUAGAAAAGAAGCACCGAGUCCAGAUCAACAAGCUGCCUUGGCGGAACUGCCAUGCCGAAUCAAGAUUCGGAUAGAUGGACUGGAAUGGUUUCUUUACAACAGAACCUCAGCAUACGAGCAACUCAAGAAUCUGUUUGAAUCUAUGACUGACGGAGAUAGCCUGAAUAGUCCCUCGCAUCAGAAUAGUCCAUUUCGAGACACUGCAUCAGUACAUAUACUUCCUGAUGGGGGGGAGAUAACUCAGCAUCCUGCAAAAGAUAGCCUUCUUCGUGCUUUGCUGCCGUUAGAGCUUGUAAGCACUACUGGUUCUGCCAUGAUUGGCAAUCCAGAUCUUCAAACGAUCUUGACAGCGAGCUAUCAGGAGGCUAAGGGGGUUUACGAGAUUGUGAAGCCUCGCUCUCCCUAUGAUACGUAUUCAUCGAACCUGACGUUGAAACUCCACCAGACGAAACUCAAGAUGCAGUUGAACGCUGAUUUCAAGGAAUCUGAAUUGAAUCAAGCCGCAAGAAUGCGAGAAUUCCAUCCGGAAUCACAACUCUUCAAAGGAAUUCCUUUCUUGGAACGGCUAGCUGCUUAUUUUAACAAACUAUCAUCCAUGCAACAUCCAGAUAUGGAUGAUUCUAUUCCUUUGCAGAAUGCCUCAACUUGGGGUCAUUGGUCUGGGUUGUCACGAUAUACCAAUCCUCAGCCCGCCCACAAUAUUUAUAACGGAGUUAUUUCACAUGAUGAAUAUGCAAGAGUGUUGAGAAUCAUGGAUUGCGACGAGUUUACUCUGAAUUACUAUUAUGACUGUCCCGGCCCCGUUCCUGCACGGUCUAUGAAGGCUAGAGCUUUCGAUGUAGAUAUUGGUAAUGGAGACUUGCCACCUCAAUGGGGCAUUGAUCUAUUGGCAAAUAAUGCCUCUCUAUUUUAUGGACCAUGGACAGAUCGGCAAAGAUCUCAUCUGCAACAUUUUUUCUAUCCACCAUCAUACACCAAUCAAGAACCAGCCAGGAUUUUAGGAGCAAACGACCUCAGAGUGCAUACUGUAUUCAAAAUAUUGCUUCAAUUCACUGGCAAUUCUUCUUGGCAAAUACCUCUUCGAGAGGCGUCCAAGGAUUAUCUAUUUGCAGAUAGUCUUCGUAGUCCUUCAGAAGGUGGCAACAAUGCUCGCAAGAAGCGACAUUAUGGAUGGUUUGACUUGAAAUUCAGCACUGGAUCUACCGUGUCAUAUACGUUGCCACUGAUCAAUAGUGAAAAUGGUAGUACGAGUGAGGCAAUCGUCAGUCUCCGAGAUUUAGUAGUCAUAUCAAGUCUAAAUCAUGCUGAAGUAGUCGUAGCAGAUCGUCUCACUCUGAACUGCGCUCUACACCAUCCGUUGAUUUGGAAUGCUUCUCGCGUAUGGAAAUUUGAUGUGAUUAUAUCCAACCACAUGUUAGAGCCUCUGCGCUCCCCAUCGCCAGACGCACGGACCUCAACCGUAAAUGUACCUGGCAUCAUUAAAGGUGUCUAUUUGCUACGAGACCACAUCACGCUUCUGCAAGACUUGAUAACUGACUGGGGUUCUGGGCCACCUGUCACACUGGACAAGCACAUACCAAUUCAGUAUCAGCUCAAGGUGCUCUUCUCCGAAUUCAGACUGUUUUUAUGUGUGAAUCCUCUCAAUGUUAUCAAUCAGCCAAAUGAUUUGGAAGAAAAUGCAUAUAUGGUGGUUCAAGGAACUGAAUUGAAGGCCAACAUACUGAUGGACUUCACUCUUUUCAAUACGGAUACAGUGUCGAUACCAGUCGAAGUGGAGGCAAGGAAAUUAGCAGUCCAUAUGGCUUUCCCUCCAACAAACACCAUUGGAGCAUAUUUGACUGAAGAAGCCGCACAAUUUGGAUCCAUUGAAAAGUUGACGAUUCCAUUGACUUAUCGCUAUCAUCGUGAUCCAGAGUCUCCAAAAGUUGAUUCGCUCACCUUGACAGUAUCUGCCAACUCUGUAAAUAUGACCUUGUUUGGCUUCCAUCUUCGAUAUCUGCUCUACCUCCAAGACAAUUAUUUUGGAGAACACAUCAGCUUUCAGACAGUCAGCGAGUACAACGCUGGUCUGAAAAGUCCACAGCCGAGUCAAAGAAGCGACAAAUUGACAACUCGCCCUUUCGAGAUUCAGUUACAGCUAUUUGUAACUGAUGACAUGGAAAUGACUGUGAGCCCAAUCAUCCUCACAAGAAGUUUGGGAAGUGGUGAUAGUCUAGAUGAAAACAGCGCUACAGGAUCUGAUCCUACAGCAAAUGAUUUUCUCCAUCUUCAAGACAUCCAUAUUAGGAAACACAGUCUCCUUGGACCGUCACCUGCCUUUGCAGUGUAUUUGAGUGAUUGGAGAUUUGACAUCGGUGCCAUUACGGGUGAAUUGCAACCAUCUUCUAUGCCUGGAGGAUUUUCUUCGGGAUCAACAUUCCUAUUCCACCUCCGAGACACUGAAAACUCGAUAUCUACACCAGCGUCCCUACCAGACGUGACGUUGCUAGAGUUAAAUCUCAGUACCGUCAACCUGAGAAUGUGGAGUCAGGACUCCACCAUGCGCUGUCUACUGAGUGGCAGUCGUGUAUUGUAUGAUACUCUGGCCUGUAAUCGUUGGAUUAGUCGAACGGUUGUUGAGUUGCCGGAGGUAGCUAUUCGGUCGCAUGUUGUAACAGGAGCUGGAAGUGCGUAUGAACGUGAAUGGGUAGAAGUGCUAGCGUUUGAAACCGCGGCAUCUAUUGGCAUAUUUAACUCCAUCCCAAAGGGUGUUGAGUGUUACCAAACGCAACAGCAGUUUUUAUCGGACCAAGAUGUAUAUACUCGCAGAGUGCCCUUCUUAUAUAGUAAAGGAAAGGAAUCUCCGAGCAGUACGAAAGCUCGCAAGAAAUCAUUCACCCUCUUCGUCCCUCCGUAUAAUCCUCCAACUAGCUUUCGCUUGGGUACAGAAGAGUCGGUCGAUGAUCGUGAGUCCUCUCUCGGCGGAGGAUCUGUCAUUAAGAGAAGAGAUGACCGAGAGGACAUAUCUUAUCAUACUGCGUCCGAUAGGACCUCUGAAAAUAAUUCACCACAACCAGUCGAUGAGGCUUCUCCCACAAGUAACAAUGAAUCGUACAUAGAAGGCUCACAAGAUCCAGAGAUGCCCGUGUCUAGAUCUAUACCAUAUCGAGACUACUUGCGCCGAUGGAGAAUGUUGAAACCAUUAGCCACAGGGAUACCUCACGCAUUGCAAGCUUACUUGGGGCCGAGUUUAACUCAAUUCGACCCGCUGAAUUCUCAGUCAGAACGCCUUUAUGAACGCGUCACUAGUAGAACCGUACCGAAAUUGCUCCCCGCUUUCAAAUCUUUGAGAUCAAAGUUUGAAAGCGGAGAGACUGGGAAUGAAAAGGGAGCUCUUGAUCCUGCUGAUGAGCAAACGGCACAUCAAGCGAUCACUAUCGAUGUGCCUGAAAAGUUGUCCAUUCUUGUGACACCAAUGUUUUUGAAGCUGGUUGAAGAGGUUCUGGAACAAUUAACUACCAAGGACGUGAUUUUGGAGACCCUCUUGGAUCGUUUCCAGCUCUCGUAUAUGUCUGAGAUAAUUCAAAAGUAUCCGUAUGACUUUGAUUCCUCAGCAGUAUUAGUCACAGUGCCAAAAGUGGACAUAUUAUGUAUUCAGGAUAUGCAGCUGCCAGACUCAACGACAUUUCUCACGGACGAUGGUAAUAUUAACCUUCGUACACGAUAUGAGCUAUCAGAUGCCGUGCUUUGCUCGUUUGAUAUUGACCUGGAUGACUUAAUGUUUCAAUUCUUUUUGAGGCAUGAGAAUCCAAAAGUCAACCGAUCAGGAAUAUCGAGUUUGAAAGAACCCAAACUCGUUGAAUUCAAGUUUAUGAUUGAAUGCUCUGCAUUCCAUCUAAUCUUGAGAUUUAUGGGAACAAUGAAUGCCAUUGGGAUCAUGGGCAUACCGCAAGAAAAAAGGCCUGUCAGACGGAGUCCCGUUGCAGGAGAGCACAGUAACGGACUCGAAGCAGCUCCUGUAGUAUUAGAUAUAUAUUCCGAUAAGGUUGAGUGGCGAGGUGUCGUCAAUCGAACAGUUGGAGACUCUCCAAAAGGUGCUUCUGUAGAGUUCUCGAUGCAGUCAUUGAGUAUUGUCACCAUCGACCAGACCGUUGAAAUUAUGUUUGGGUCCAUCACAACUUGGCUCAACUUUGUAGUUGAUAUUGCGACGCUGUUGACUGAAUUCUCGAACAAGAGAAGGAGGCAAAUCCAGCUCCUGGUUGCUCGUAUAGUAGAGCUGUCACGAGUCAGACCGCUUCCACCUCCUGGUGAUCCCAAGUUCUUGACCAAUCGCUCAGUACUUUGGAAUCUCGUCAGUCGGCCCUUCCAAAACACUAGUGGCUGGAAGAUAUUAGCCCAUAUACGUUACUGUCUUAAAGUGUUAUCUGUCGAUCUAGCGUCUUCUCCCAAUAAUGUGCUUGGUGGAGAUCAAGAGCAAACAGCCAGCCAGCUCUUUGAGUCCGUUGUGGCGAACUUGUCAGGUUGGAGAAAGGGAGAAAUUGGCGAGUUUCAGUUACGUCAGUCUCCAUUGCUCCAAGGCCUGUAUGGUGAAUUAGGGGCAGUGCUAGCCAAAGAUCAGGCUUAUAAACCAUUGGAUGCAGACUUUUAUAACAACCACAUUUCCCUUCACUGUGAAUCUUUCCGUGUCACGAUUGUCGAGCAUCAUACUGAGAAUAGUAUAGAGAUUCUCUCUGUACAUGCAGAUGUUAGAACGUUUUUGAACGAAAUUUCAGCAUUGCCGUCGACAACUGAUGAGAAUGAGCAAAGGCCACAAUUCGGGAAGCGAAAAUCUGCUGUAGCAAGUCUGUCAUCGCAUUAUCUAGAUGUGGUUGGCCAUGCUGGUAUUGAUAGUAUCGUGUUUGAUAUAAAUCCAAACAUGUUUGGUUUUAUUCGACAUGCCCUCCGAGUCUACAGUUGGUUUCAAACCAAACUUGUUGCUGAAGCCAUUCCUGGUCUUCCACCACUACCGAUAACACCUGGAACGGGUCGUCGGCCGGUAAGAGCCUCAACGAGAACCUCGACGAUGCUGAAGGAUAUGGAACUUGCUCCGAAAGAACCAUCAACGUCAGAUUUGAGUGAGCUGCUACCCGCUGGUCUCUUGAUAGUAUUGACUGUAACAGGAGGUGUACGUAUGAUACAGGCCAAUGCUAAAGCACAUCUCCUUGAAAUGAAGGCACAUAUUAUGGGAAUACAGUUAUCAACUAUACAUAGAGGAAAGUUGCGCUCUGCCAUAUCUAUGAUGGGAGGCUCAGCAUCAAAUCGUAAUACUCAGCUGGAUCCAGUGGUUAAUAGUCGUCACGUGUUCGAAGAACUGGUCCAUUCAUCGGUUGGACGCAUAGAUUAUAUAGUUCUUAGAAUAUCGGAACGUGUCCAGCCACUUCUUACAUUCGACAUACGUAAAGUGUCGACUACCGUGACUAUAGCUCGAGGAUUUCCUAUGCCUGAUGGUAUGAAGCCUCCUAAGACGCUCAAAGUAGGCUGUAUGAUUGGAUCUGUAGCAUUCACAUUGCCUCGAAGUUUGCUAAAGCUUCAUGCCUUCCUUGAAAAGUGGGGCGAUGAAGAUUUGCCAAGAUACGACUUCCUCUUCAAUAAAAUGGUUGAGGAACUCACACCAAUAGUCCAUAAUCCUCAGUCCAAAGCCUAUGAGGUCGUAGAGGGUAUUUUUGAGCAAGCUGCUAGUCGUAUAGCCACAGUAGAUCUACAAGUGGCGGUACAACGAGUCGACAUUCAAUGUGACUUGCUAAACUCAUUGCGACUAAACUAUAUUGGUACCGAAUGGCUCCUUGUAUUGAAUAGACAGGAGCGACUUGAAGGUCAGCUCCUUGGCCCUCAGGAAAGACAUAUAUCCAUGAAUUAUGUCCUACGAUUAGGGAAGCAAGACAUUGCCUUUGAAACAUCCGUCGUUGACGAAGAUCAGGUCUCAUAUUCCAAGCCCGUAUUUACCAUUCCAGCUAUAACCGGUCGUGGCUCAAUCACCUUUGGUAUCUUGUCGGAUGACUCGUCCAUAUUCAGAAACAGUCCGAGUGAUCGACCAUCGAGGCGACUAUCGACAUUCUUGGAGAGCGAUGACCCACAACCGAUUCUCCAUAGUAAUGUUAUUAGGCCUCGUAUUAUUACCACUAUAUAUAUGGAGAAAGUAACUGCCACCUUAAAUGUCAGUAUGAUUGAUCAGCUCACAACAGCUCAGUCUAUAUUUGGCCACGAGCUCAACGACCUUUUCGAAGUGAUAAUCUUCUAUCGACAAGGAAAGGAUCGAAACGCAACUGCUUCGCCGUCUCAUCCGUCUUGGGUAUCACGCUUGGGCUUUGACAUUGAUGCCACUGUUGAGAGUAUCUCUAUCUUAGCCGAAUCUCCCGAAACUGUAAUUGUCUACGAUAGUAAGGAGCUGAAGGGUACAUUCCGGAACAUAGAAGACUCGACUUUCAGGAACGAUAAUGUCGAUGAGCUCCUUGAUUGGAACGUAGAAGCAUCACUAGUCAGAUUCUCUCUAUGUCAGAGGACUCCAGUAGUAGAAGUUGAACCAAGGACUAGUCUGGCAUUUUUUGAGAUGGGCGACUUGAAGGUCCAGAACAUGCCAUCUCUAGUUCGUGGACAUGCUCCCUCAGAGAUAGUGAUGUCUUCAAAAGGCAUUCGGUCCUACUUACCACCAAAUGCUUUGGCACGUGUCAUCAACUUUUGGCGAUACUAUGCUGCUGAACUAGUUAAAAAGGGGGCCAUGAAGACGGACGAAAUUAGAACAUGGAGAGCUCAUACCAAGCUUCUCUUGGACUCUAUAAAUGUGCCUGUGCCAGAGUAUACGAAAGCAGCCAAAUCGUAUUUCAGUCAUCGACAAAUAACUCUCGAAUUGUCGAACGUCGGACUGGCUGUGCCUUUGACUACUGAUGAUAGUGACUCAUUGUCGCCACAACUGGCCUCUAGCCAGGAGACUAUGCCGACAUUCUUGUGGAGUAUUAGCAAGAUUCAGUUGCGUCUUCACGAAUGGAAGUCAGCAGCUUCCGUCAUCGAGAACUUUUGCAUUCAAUUAGUACCUUGGUUUAAUCAGAAUGAUAGUAAACAGUACACGUGUAGACCGCAUCCUCUGCAGAAUCGCCUGCUAUUGAAAAAGAUGGAAGCUCGACUGCUUCCUGUAGCCAGCGAUGAUGGAUCAACUCAUGAAUUAGUGAAUGGUGAUGUUAGUGGGUUCGAACUCGAGGUUGACGCUGAUAUCGCAGAUUAUGCCAAUCGUCUGUUGGAGGUGUAUCAAAAGUCGCGUGGAAUAGUGUUGAUGUUCAUGGCUCCGUCAUCAGUCAGGGUCAGUGAGGAAGUGCUGGAGCACUCAACUAUACUGUCUCGUGGUAUCGAACUCGAUAUUGAAGCUCAUUUCAAGUUCGAGUCUGGUCUCUGCAAGAUUCAUACUACCAGACGCUCAGAAGUCGAUCCAAAGCGACGAAUGUCUGUUAUCAGUCAAGAUCGACGAGCUUCUCGUGCUGAAAGGCCUACAAACCGAAAGCGAGCAACUGGUCUUGAAAAGGAAAUACCUGUAGAACGUAGCUUCCAUGACUUUAUAAUGCCAGGUGUGACAGUUGGAGUACGCGGACGAACAAAACCAAAUGAACCCUCCACUGGAGGGCUUCAUUUUGAGGUUAGGAUUCAUCCAAGUCAAAAUAGCAUUGCACCAAACAUACUAGAUUUUGCUCAUGAUGUACUUGAGCAAAUACGUCUUGGAAGACUGGCACGCAUGACGUCUCCCUCAGAAGCCGCUUUACCACAGGUGUAUUCACGUAGUGACUCAACGACUAGUAGAGCAGUCUCGUCCGUAGUUCCUCGAUUUAGUGUAACUGUACACUUAGUAUUGUCAGAAACCGUGGUAAAUUUGACUUGUGAGCCCAAUGUGGUGUGUGGAUUCACUGUACAAGAGGCCAAUAUGCUGGUCUCGUAUAUUCCUCGUCAGCACCUACAUAAACAGUACCAAUUUGUGUGUUGCCAUGGAUUUGUAUUGGGCAUUUCAGGAGGACUUCGAAAUAAGUACUCGCCUGAAGAUUGUGUCAAGUCAGAAGUAAAGCAAAUCAAUCUUGGAGUCACCAUGGUAGAAGAAAAUCAUAACCGAACGUAUACAAUGGAGGCUGAUGUCCCAAGCGUUCGGCUGGACUUGAAUGUCCGUCAUUUGCAGGACUUCUUUUUGUUUGAACGAACAUGGUUUGGCCAUUUCGCAUCUCAAAAAACACGGUCCUCUUCAUUAGGAUCGAUGUAUACUGCUGGCAAUAACGCACCCAUCUUUAGUGAUGAUAUACCCGCAAGUCAACGACCAUCUCGGUCGCUAGUACAGUUAGCUCGAAUCGCAGCGGCCAAAACGGUUAAUUAUAGAGACUCUGCUCGUAUAGCAGGUAGAAUAGCCAAGAUUGAGAUAGUAGCUGAUUUGGGACAAGCUAUUGGUCGUGCCACGUUUGUUUUGGAUGAUUUAGCUGGGAGUACCUCUGGUGUAUGGACCAGUAACAUAUUCGAAUCACGGUCGCUCGUAGUUGGAUUCCAUGAAUUGACCCUGAACGCACAAGGCCGUACUGCUGGCAGUGUACAAGUCACCAAUGUGAGGCUACUUGGAUGGGCGACCAAUCCUUGGGAUGCUACUCCCGAUACUAUACUAGGCAAACGACGAGCUACAGACCUUAAUGUAAAGAUUGAACGUAUCGUAUCCCAAGUCGAGUACCAGCACGAACGAAUCCUGAUUUUGGAAGUAUUACCGAUAUCAGGGACGAUUGUAGACGAGUGGACUAUCGGUGGCAAUGAAGUGCCAACCACCAACAUCAACAUGCACUUCAAGGUUGAUCAAGUUCGAGCUAUUGUAUCUCGUAGAACCUUACCAGUCUUCUCUCAGACGUAUAGCAAGCUAUUAAAUCUCAUUAGUGAUAAACGUCGAGCUGAUAGACAUAUGGGUACUCGAGUAGAACCACAAAUGGAUAAUGGACGGCACGCUACUGUCCUUGUAUUAGAAGGAAUGCCCUCUCGAGUUGUAACGACUCUGAGCAUUGUAUUAGGUGAUGCUUUCGUCACGAUGACUAGAUAUAAUUUCCGUGAUCCAGACUGUGCUCAAGUAUUAGCUAGUAUGGUCAAGAUUGGAUUUGUACAUGAGCCCAAUGUCUCUACAGAUGUCCGCAAUUCCACUAGACUUGAAUUGUUCAGUUUCGCCAUCCGUAAAUGUACAGCUAGAGCCAUCACACCCAACUUGGAACGAACUUUGGCAUUAAAAGAAUGGUUUACCUUCUUCACGUCGUCUGGAGCUAAGAAUGUAGUACGUGUUCCCUCUAGUGUCAUGGAAUUGAUAGUUGAAGGACCUCCAGGUGCUCCGCGGCUGGGAUAUAGUUUCAAGACAGACUUUUCUGGUCAAAUCGAUGUUGCCCUCAACUUCGGUCUGUAUAGGUAUCUACAAGAAUUGGCAGGGCUCUAUAGUAAAGCAUCUCAGGUAUCUGGUGAUGGAGGCUAUGAACUGGAUGAUGGUUCAGAUUCCGCAAGCAUCAUAACCGAAAAUAUGAGAGCAUCCCCAGUAAAUGGAUCAUCGUCUGCUGGAUCCUCAGACGGAGGUCGAUCAAACCGUGUCGGAUCUUCAACUGGGGCAGCUGCUAGACGCGAAUCAAUUGAAUGGGUUCGUACAGGUGAAUUCAAGUUUGAGCCACAGCUCAAAGUCACUGGUGAUGCUACGCCAUGGGAAUGGAUUGAGUGGUUGGGAGUGCACAAGGAUGAAGUACCGAAACUGGUACAUUCUGGUCUCUCUCAGCCGUUAAAUAGCGCCCUAUUACUACUUGGUAGCCUGUACAAUACUGUUCACGUACUGCCAAUAUCCCGUCCGGAACGACCAGUAGAACGUGAAAUUGAAGAUGAAUUCCUCGACGCUUUAGAAUAA